CAGACAGAAGGGUGUUUCUGUCACCAGAGCUCCAGUCUGUCCUGUGCUGCUCGCGUUAAACCUAAUUAAAGCUGCUGUCUGUGCAGCAUUUUGCCACUAAUCGUGCUGCCUGGCCUUUCAGUGUUCUGUAGGCUCUGACAUUUGGCCAGACUCCAGAAACCCCCCCCCUUGCAUCUAAUCACUGUGCUGGUCACCCAUUGGCAGAAACACAUCAGACAAUGUAGGCGAACCCUGAGAGGUCUCUGAACUUUGUUUCAGCUGAUUGUACUGCUCUCCCCAGCCUCACAAUGUACUGGCUCUAUGCUUUGCGGCAGGUUGUUAUACAAAGAUUAUUGCAUCCUCUGUGACCCAGUUCCAGCCUAAUUAGAAUGUGUAACAGUCUGCUUCUAAUUACACUGGAGUCACUCAGGAGCCUUCUGACGAAGUGAUUACAGUUUUUUUAAUUGCCCGCUGAAGUUCUCCGUCGCUUCUGAAAAUGUCGCUCGAGGGCCAUAUCUGUUUAUAGUGGACGCGUGUGGAGGGGAUGGAUGCCAGCCUGGCACUGUGGGGCCCGGACGGUGUGCUGCUGGCCAACAGCGGGGAGCUGGCCACCAGUCGUGGGAAGCACCCCUGCGAGGAGCAGGAUCGAAGCUCAAGUCCUUCUGUCCUUCACUGCGUGACCAGCUUGUGGAAGGACGGCCUCCUGAACAGGAAGCGGCCGUUCGUGGGAAGAUGCUGUCACUCGUGCACGCCCCAGAGUCAGGAAAGACUGUUUAACUCAAGCAUCCCAUCCUUAGGACUCCGCAAUGUGAUUUACAUCAAUGAGACGCACACAAGACACCGCGGUUGGCUGGCGCGGAGGCUGAGCUACGUGCUCUUCGUCCUGGAGAGGGACGUCAACAAAGACAUGUUCGCACGCAAUGUGGUGGACAACGUGCUCAGCAGCAGCAAGGUGCAGAGUGCCAUCGUGGAGGUGGCGUCGGAGGCUGGCGCUGCAGACCCAGGAGCCCAAGCAGACCAGAAGGCUGUGCAUAGAGAGAGGUGCAAGGCCAGAGGCUUCCUGCAAGAAAUGGUGGCCAACAUCUCACCCAGCCUCAUCAGGUUGACGGGGUGGACGUUGCUGAAGCUGUUCAAUGGCUUCUUCUGGAGCAUACAGAUCCACAAAGGCCAGCUGGAGAUGGUUAAGAGAGCUGCCUCGGAGUACAAUGCUCCGCUGGUCUUCCUUCCUGUGCACAAGUCUCACAUCGACUACCUUCUCAUCACCUUCAUCCUCUUCUGUCACAACAUCAAAGCUCCGCACAUCGCCGCGGGCAACAACCUCAACAUCCCCAUCUUCAGCACGUUGAUCCGCAAGCUGGGAGGGUUCUUCAUUCGCCGCAAGAUGGACGAGACCUCAGAUGGAAAGAAAGACGUCCUGUACAGAUCUCUGCUACAUGCGUACACAGAGGAGCUCCUGCAGCAGCAGCAGUUUCUGGAGGUGUAUCUGGAGGGCACGCGCUCCCGCAGCGGCAAGCCGUCACCAGCGCGGGCCGGCAUGCUCUCCAUCGUGGUGGACGCGCUGUGCGCUGGCACCGUCCCGGACGUGCUCAUCGUGCCUGUCGGCAUCUCCUACGACCGCAUCAUCGAGGGCAACUACAACAGCGAGCAGCUGGGCAAGCCCAAGAAGAACGAGAGCCUGUGGGGAGUCGCCUGCGGCGUGUUCCGGAUGCUCCGGAAGAACUACGGCUGCGUGCGCGUGGACUUCACCCAGCCGUUCUCCCUGAAGGAGUACCUGAACACACAGCGGAGCCGCAACCUCCCCGCGCCGCUCACUCUGGAGCAGAUCCUCAUCCCCACCAUUAUCGCGGCGCGGCCAGAUCAGGGGCUAGUUAACGGCGAGGGGGAGGAGCAGCCAGACUACAGGGAGCUGUCUGACGAGCCCUGGAGGAGACAGGUCAUCGCAAACCUGGCCAAGCAUGUUCUCUUCACUGCCAGCAAGUCCUCAGCAAUCAUGUCUACGCACAUCGUGGCCUGCCUCCUGCUGUACCGGCACAGACAGGGUGUACUGCUGUCGAGGCUGGUGGAGGACUUCUUCAACAUGAAGGAGGAGGUCCUGUCACGUGACUUCGACCUGGGCUUCUCGGGCAACUCCGAGGACGUGGUGAUUCAUGCCAUCAACCUGCUGGGCAACUGCGUGAACGUGACCAGCAGCAACCGCAACACCGAGUUCGUCAUUGCGCCCAGCAACACCGUGCCGGCGCUCUUCGAGCUGAACUUCUACAGCAACGGCCUGUUCCACGUAUUCAUUGCCGACGCCAUCAUAGCCUGCAGUGUCCUGGCCAUGCUGAGGGAGCAGACAGCGGAGGUGUGCCAGGGGGAUCUUGGCCCCUCCCCCACACUGCUCAGCCAGGAGAGCCUCAUCCGCAGAGCCGCAGGCCUCUCGCACUUCCUGUCCAACGAGGUGCUCGUUGCCCAGCCUUGUCAGACAGUCUACCAGGUGUUUCACGAGGCUGUGACCAGACUUAUUCAGUACGGGGUGCUCAUUGUCGCAGAGGAGGAGCAGGAGGAACUAAGCCCCUCAGAGGAGCCCUGGCCUAAGAAGUUCCCCGAGCCUCUGGCAUGGAGGAGCGAUGAGGAAGACGAGGACAGUGACUUCGGAGAAGAACAGAGGGACCGCUACCUGAAGGUGAGCUCGUCCUCUGAGCACCAGGAGUUCUUCACCUUUCUGCAGCGAGUGCUCAGCCCCGUGCUGGAGGCCUAUAGCGGGGCAGCCAUCUUUGUGCACAGCCUGCUGUCGCCUGUGUCCGAGAGGGAGUACACUCAGAAGCUCUUCAAAUACCUGCUCACGCGCACAGAGAAAGGAGUGGCAUCCUAUGGAGAGAGCGCCACACACUACCUCGUGAAAAAUACGGUGAAGACAUUUAAAGAGCUGGGGGUGCUGAAGGAGCGCCGUGAGAGUGGCACGUGCCACCUGGAGCUGAGCGCCACGUUCCAACCUCAGGCCAACAGGAACAAACUCCUCCACUACAUCCUGGGCUUCAGCCUGCUGUGAGCAGGCAGCAAUACUGCCCACAUUCCCCCGCCCCCUCUCUCUCAAGGGCUUCUACUGGCUACUCACAACUAUCCAAGGUGCUACUCUAUGGAAAGCUUUACCUAGAAGUGCCUUCAGCCAACACCUAGGACCAGCUCAAGCGCACCUUGCCCUGCUCCAACAUCCUUUGACCCGUGCGGUUGAAGCUCCGCCUCCACCCUCACAGCUUUGGAGAGUUCUCUUCUGUGGUUUGCUCAUUUUUUUUUUGGACUGCAUUCUUUAGUUUCCCUUUAGAACUUGUAUACCUUUUAUGACACUGAGCCGAUAUGUGUGUAUUCAGUGUGUUCCUGGAUGAGUAUAUAUCACUCUUAACAAAUGCAGGUUGCCUUCAGUUUAAGCCAGUGUACUUUGGGGUAUCUGAUACAAGUAGUCAUUAUACCUGAGAAAAUGUGUAUAGAAAAAUGUACCUCAUGUUAUAGAUGUAAUGUAAUAUUUAAACAAUCGACAAGAUGCCUGUUUAACUCAAAAAAUAGUGUGAACCCACCUUGUUCUGUACCCAUGGGGUAGAAUGGCUGAUAAAAAAUGAUGUUUGCUAAAUGGAAAAAGUGGCUGAGGUCAUCAAGUAUAUCUUGAUGGGUCAAUGGUUGAGGCAGUAGUUUUAGCUGACAGGAGUUCUGUAUUUCUAAACACCACCACCACUUCUGUCAUAAUGGAACGUUCUCACUUUAGGCUGCACCUCAGUCAUUAACCUGUUUCUGCUUUCACCCUAAUGCCAUUACAGUGAAAGUUACUCAUUUUAGUUUAAAAUCUAAAAACUUUGCAGUGUCAGUUCAUAUCCAAAUUUUUGAACGCCACUUUUAUGAAUUCUGUCCACAUGAAAUCCGGUUUGGGAGCAGGGAUGUGUGUGAAGGCUUGUUUCUCCGUCAUACAUUUUUACAUCUCCUUGCUUUUGCUGCAGUUUACACCAUACUGGUACAAGUCUGUGUGUGUGUGUGCGUUGCUACUUUUAGCCUAUUGCAUAACAAACACCAAAAUUAAACAUGUAGCUGAUCAAGGUGCAAAAGAAAAAUGGCCUUCAUGAAUAAACAAAAGGAAGUGCCACACCCAAGCAUUCUUCUGUCCAUUUCUAGUGCGUGAUUUGCCUGCAGUCAUCAUUCUCUGGUUUUCCAUGGUAUGGGUGGAUAUUUAUGAAAAUGCUGAGAUAUAAAUGUUUUUAAUUGCCUGUAUGCUGAUGUGGAGUUGUGUAAUUUUGUUUUUGUUUACUGUGACAAAUUGGCUUUUCUGUUUAUAAUCAUAAUGCAAUUGACAAAACAAUCACAAAAUGUUAAAAAUGUCACUGAAAUGUAAAAUCACUCAUCACUUUAUUUACUUUAUGAGUUUUUAUGGACAAGCUAGUUUUGUGCUCUGGCUCAUGAAAGGUUGCUUGUUGCUAAUUAUCACUUUUUUUAGGUUUUAACAUAUAAAUAUUACUUAUUGGAUGCACUAUUUAUUCUUUUUUUUUUUUCUUUUUGAUUGGUUGGUGUGUUGCUUCUUUGUGGUUCCUGCCACUGGUAAAUGAACUAAUUUCCCAUUAACGGAACGUAAGAUGGUUUUAUUAAAAAUUGGUUUGAGGAGCAUUUAAGUUCAUGCAUCCAAAGCCCCUCUAACAGACUGAGACGUGAGUGAGAUGAUUUGCAUGCAUGACACCCGUUGUGUUUUUGCUUGCGUGCUUGUGUUAUCUGGGGCGAGUGCAGGGCAUUGGCCAGCAGGGACAACAUCCCUGUGCCCUGCCUUGGCACACGGAAAAAUAUGAGCCCUCUUUGACUUGAGGGAAAUGAUUCUUGAUGCCCGUUAUAAUACAGCCCAUUGUUGAAGUGUAGCUAGUUAGUGCAUGUCCAUAAUUAGCUUGGUUCUUAGUCUUAGGCAUGGUUACCACAGACUGCUUAAACGAUACACUGGUAUAAUAUUCUGUAAGCCCUUGCUCCUUGAUGUCAACCAUGGCCUGAAACUUGAUGACUGAAACAGAUUUCUAGAGACUAUACUUUUUUUCUUUACAUGGAUUGUUUCCACUUUGACUUUGGCACAGAAGUAUUUGUGCAUAGCCAAUCACACCAAGGCAGACGAGGAAGUCAAACGAUGGUUUCCUGUACACACGGACCUGGCAGUGUUCAGCCUUGCAGUGGGACGCUGUACUGACGGUGCAAACCCUGCACGCGGUGAAAUGUCACAAAAGAAAUCUUUACAAGUCAGACCUAAUGGUUGGCCUCUAUGGGAAUUGUGUGUUGUGUAAAGUACUCUUCUGAAAUAUGUAACUUCUGUGCUUGGGGGGGAUUUUACUGUUAGCAGCGUUCUUUUAUGUAAAGCCCCAUAGGAACGUUAGUCACAGCCUUGGCCAGUCAGAAGGAGAGCAGCCUUUUGUCUCCCAGCUCUCAUUAAUCAGGAAGCUUCUUUUACUGUGUGUGCUGUAGUGGUUGUAACAGGAAAUCUGAACUCGCCAGCGCCGUCUGCUUGGUUCCUUUUCACUUCUUUUACGUGUCUGUAAAACAAUGUUUCCAAGUACAGUGGACUUAAAGGCCUUUCUCUAAUUAUGGAAAGCUGGCAUUUGUUGACGGCUCCAGUAUUUGUGCUGGAUUAAUGCAGACAGACCAUCUUAUAAAGGCUGACCCAUAUGAAAGCAGGGCUUAUGGACUCUCAUAUGGACUCAACCUCAUUAAUUGUUCUGAUGGCUGAUGGCUCCAAGCUCUGCUU